UUCAAUUAGAGAUAAGAUGCACAGGAUUGUGCAGUGAUAAUUUGAUUGAUGAAAUUUAAUAACAAUAUAAUUCUUCAUGAAGAAAGUGCGCUUUGAAAGCCCUGUGAAAACCUACGGAACCAUAACCAUGAGCGACUCCGAAUGCCAUUCCCCACGUCCAUUUAUUGAAAAACGAGCAGACAUUGGAAAUCCUGGUUUAUAUUAUAAUUAUCCAAAAUUAUUACCAUUUAGCUUGGAUCCAGUAAAAAGGUUUGAAAAUAGUAAUAGUACACCAUAUCCUCUUAUACAAAAGACUACAGUGGGAAGCAAUAAAAUCCAUGGAGACCAAUGGUCACCCUCAAACGAUUUGGAACUGAGUAUGCUUGACACAUCCAUUCAUGAACCCAGGCCGCCUGUACUGCGGAAGCCAUACAAAGGUACACCGGUUGAUACUAACGUUGAUAUGAAUGGUAAGGGACAAAAUGUACCUGAAAGCAUGCAAGUUUUGACAUCACUUGAAAAUACUACUUUAAAAAAUCCUUCAAGUCAAAUCAGUGAACAUAAUAGUUUUUUUUUAAAACGUGGUAAUAUGAAUGCAAUGCAGUACUCAACAGAUCCUCUGCAAAAACAUUUCAAUGUUUUAAAUAUUGAUAAAGAAAAUAACCCUGUGGUAAGAAAAAUGGAAUUAAACAAAGUUGGUCUUCCUAAUAAUGGUGUAUUUAAAAAUCAUAUUGAUAUUACCACACCAUCUACAGAUAACAGUACUAUUAAUGUUGACAAGGGUUAUGACUGCAGAUGUCAUCAUUGCUACAAAAUUUUAAAGAAUAAAAAUUACUGUUCUAUGAAACACCCUAAUGAAAUAAUUUCAAAUAAAUGUCAAUCCAUGCAUUCAAAAGCUCAACAGUUUUGUGCUUGUAUAGCUCAGGCUUAUUCUCCUCCUAGUUGUACUCAUUGCAAUCACCAUGUUCUAUUGAAUCAACAGACUACAUAUAAUUGCAACAGUAAAGAAGAAUUGAAAAAAAUACCCCAAAAUAUGGUUGAUAAAAAAACAUGGGCAAUAGAGAAGUAUGAACAAGACAAUGCUAAAAGUAUAGAGGUUGAAAAGCCUGUUAAUUCAAAGGAGAAAAGAGAGCCAACUGUUUCAGAUUUGUUUAAAAUUAUUAAACUGCAGAAUGAGCAAUUACAGUUACUACAAGAGAAAGUUGACAGAUUUAUUUCUAUCAGUAAGACACCAAAUAUUCCAAUUGAAAGUUGUGCAUCUGAACAUGUUGCUCUUGAGUCUAUUGACCAUGAACAGCACAAAAUAUCCAUUGGAGUUAUGACAAGUUUUGAAAUGGUGAGAACUUCCACGGUAAUUAACAAAGAGGUUGUCAAACAAAUGUGUGAAAAUGCUCAAAUACAAUGCAACAGAUCCCAAAUAAGCAUUAAAGAAGUAAUUGCAAAAUCAAAACCUGUCAACCAGAAUUUUUUGGAGGGCAUAACUCCUAUUACAAGGACAGUUCAGGUUGAAAGAGAUGACACACAGCUUAGAAAUGCACCUAAUGUCCCACCUGAACAUGCCAUUGAAGAAAAAACAUUGAAUGAUUUAAGUUUACACAAUAUCUGUGUGGAUAAUGCAAUUACUCCUCUCAUUUCUCCUGACCAAACAUUAUAUUUAGAUGUAAGAGAUUACAGUGAAUCUGAGUGUGGCAGUAAUGACCAAUCCAAUGCAGGAUGGACAUAUUACAAUAAAGUAAUGACACAUGUGAAUGGAAUGUUACAAGAUUCAGACAUGCCAUCAUCUGCUAGUGCAAUGUAUAGAAAUACAAGACAACAAUGUCUUCAAAUGCAAAUUGACAAAACAAAUGUUAGUGUCACAAAAAGAGUAAAAUUUGGAGAUGACCCACUUGGUAUAAACCAACCACAUAUUUAUGCUGCAUCUACUGACACAAGUUUAAAAAUGAACCAACUUGCAGCUAAGUAUCUGAAAGCAGGAGCUCAGACAUUAAUACCUCAACCAACAAUAUCAGCAACUAAGACCACUGUACCAAUUGACAUGUCUUUUGCCACAAGGAAUUACAUGGAGAGACAUAAGUUAUUACAAGGUUCAUCAGGAGUACCAGCUAAACAACCAUUAACAACUGAUAUACCAAAAUUUUUAGACAUAACUGCUUUAAAGCAACAAACAAAGUUAUUAUAAAUUAAACUAUUAUAAAUUGUGAAUGAAAUGAGUACGAAAUAAUUCUGAACAGACAUUUAUUUAAACUUCAGAGAAAAUAACAGUGAGUAAAAUACUAAAUUGUAUAGGUAUAAUUUUAUCAUCUGUUUUUGGAACAGCCAACAUUGAUUAUAAUUAUGUUUAGUAUCUUUUAAUUAUACAAUUCUGACUACAUUUUUUAAUAUAUGGUAUUAUUAUAAUUGUUUUAUUUUUGUUUUGAAUAUCACAUUUUUGUGAAAUGAAAUAUAUUAUACAUAAAGUGUAGUAAUUAUAGGCCCAUCAACAAUACCCGACUUUUUUAUCAAUAUUGAACAUUAUAUAAUAUAUGAUUUAAUUCAUUUUUAGAGGUAUUUAAGAUUCAUACUAAUUGUACUUAUUUAACAUUGGGAAACACAAUUUCAACAAGAUAUAUUUAUUUGGGAAAUCAUAUAAUAUACGAAAAGUUGUUGUUUAGUUGUAGUCGAUAUACCAAACCAGUCAGUGUCUUCAAGAGUACAUAAAACAAAUUGUCGUAUACAUAAUAUAUAUUAAACCGCGAAAUAUACAUCUAUAACCGUCACCUAUAUUCACGGACAUACCCCUGACGUGUUGCCCUUUCUGAGGUCUAAGGUGCUAUGCAGCUAUAAUCUCGCUUUUCAGGCUCGCACCAUAUAAAGAAAAUUGCUUAGUAGAAGAAAUCAGCGAAACAUUUAUUAGGCAAUACAAUUUAGUUUAUAGGUUACAUCUAUGAAGUUAUGUAGUUUUAGAAACCAAUUCCAGUAUACAGAGAGGGGUAUUGAUGUAUAUUUCGGAAUAUGUAUUUUAAAAUAUAAAAAUAUUUUUAAGUUAUAUGUUAUACCACUAGCGUGUUAUGAAUGAAUGAUUAAAAAUAUUUUUAUAUAUCUAUUAUUGUACAUAUGUAAUUGGACUCUGGUUCGGUAUAGUCAACCAUUACGGUUAAUCCUAUAUGUAACAUCUACAUUUUCUAGUUGUUGAUUUCGCAUAAGCAAGUGUGAUUGAAACAAAUUCUCUUGUAAUCUACUGAGUAAGUACAUUAAUUUUAUUAUAUAAUAGUGUUUAAGACUUGAAAAUUAUUUUGGUUCUCGGCAAAAACAAUAUCUACAUUAUUAAUAAGUAGUAAUAUUCAACUAUCCCAAUAUUACACAAUUCAUUUCACCAUUGUUUAAUGUAUAUAGAUAAAACACGUUUUACUUAUAUUCACAUAUAUUUUUUUCGAGUCAUUGCAUUGCAUUGCACGAACUUCUUAUUCUUUUUCUAUUUCGUUAAACACCUGUUCGUCUAUACAUAUACUAAAAUUGGACAUCUAUAUAACUUUUAAAGUAUUACAUACUUAUUAGAAUAUUAGAAGUAGGUAUUUUUUAUUAUUCUAAUAUCUAUUUAAACUGCAAAUCCAUUGUUUAUCAAUAAACAGUUCUUAAAACUAUCAGUUUGGUUCUUUUCUUCUUUGGUAGAUUUACAUAUUCCGUUACACAACAUCGAUACAUAUAAAGGCUAGCCCGGCAGCUGUAUAAUGUAGUUCCAUACACAGAAAGUACUAGAUUUUCUAGAAUAAUAUAGAACUUAUUUCCGCCUACGGUCAUCUGUAUAUACGCAUAUAAUUUUCUGAGUAGGUACAAAAUUUAGACUAACUGUGGGAGUACUUAAAAAAUAUAUUUAUUACUAUGAACUCAACUGUGCUAAUUUAUUGCUGUGCGAUCAAAAUAGGUUUUAAAUCCUAAAUAGAAACCGAAUUUUAUCUCUAGAUUCAGUUUUGGUAAAAGUUUUCUUUUGAGAUUGUGUUCUACGAUUUUUAAAGUAUCUUUUCUUAUCUUUAUAGCUAAAUAAUUUUAAAGAAACGUCGUUAUGAGUUACAUGUUUACUCAAAAUACAUUUUGUGUAGGAUUUUUCGGAUCCGUUAUUACACAUUAAAAUCAUCAUGUUGACAUUAGAAGUUUCUAAAAUUAUUUCAGUGUGAGUAGUUCUGUGUACGCAACUAUACUACAGCAUGCAAAUAGUAGGCACAACCGUAACAUCCACUAUUCUAUCGUAACAUGAAGAACUGGUGAACGAUUAUAAAUCCAUAGGUACCUAGACAUAAUAACCUUUUUUAUUACCUAGAUGCAAAUGAAAUAAAAACAUUAAAAUAUCGAAAUUAACUUAACGUCGAAAGACAUGUACUUACUAUACUUGUAUUGAAAUCGUAACCGGAUAAAUAUGUUACUUAAAUUAAAUACAUCGUCAGACAUACAAGCCUUAUUGUUUUAAUUGAUACAAAAAUAUAUUGAAGUGAGGUAAACUGCAUAAAAAUCCUUUUUUUCGGAUUGUUUAUAUGUUAUUGUACAGAUUCUUCAAACCCACGGUUUCGUCUCAAUAAUUAAAAUAUUUUUAUCGUAGGUACCUAUUGACUUUCUACAUUUUCAUAUUUCAUCUCAUAUGCGAUGUGCAGACCCCUGAUUUGACAGCUAUCAGUCAGUAUCCCUAUCUAAACACGACACCUACUGCAUCGUCCCAUUUUCGCAUUAGGUUCUAUCAAUAGUACCUAUCCCUCAUUCUAUCCAAAUACCUAGUCAUAAAAGGGUAUUUACCAAACUUAAUAUUUAUUUAAAAUCGUUCACCAUUUUACGGGUACUCAUAUAGUCUGUAUCAGAAGGAAACAGUAACUACUUAUGUUUAAUAUUUAUACUACAUAAUAUUUACAUUGAAGUUAAAAUUUGUAUUAACACUUAAAUAAGGUUUCAAUUCUCUUGCAUCGCAAAAUAUUACAGUUUUAUAUUAUUAAAAUCUAGAAAGAUAACCAAAUACUUGGAUGGCACUUCUUUUCUGGUGUCGAAUAGACAUUAAACAGAUAAAACGAUAGAACCUUAUUUUGUAACGCUAAAAAGACUAUUUUACAUCACUUUUUGUCUUACAUGUCGCUCUUUAUGUAGAACGUUCGAUUAUGAGUUUGUUUAUAAUCUAGUUACUUAAAUAGUUAUAAUAAUAUUUAUAUAUAAACUUCAGUAUAAUAAUAUACUCCAAUUAUAAUAGUAAGGAGCUGUGGUAAUUGUAGUAGGCAUAGGUACUUAGCGCGCUGUUCCUAGAUUGGGUAUUUUUAUGAUAAAAAAUCUGAAAAACCAUUUAGCAAAAAUUUCUGGAGUAAAUGACAAUGUAAUAUGUAGUUAUAAUUGUAAUUUAUCCACAAUCAAUACUAUUGUGGAAUGCUGUGAGCCUUUUAAAGAACUUUCAUUUUUCAUCAUUUUUAUUCAUAGGUACCUAAUGAAAUAGAGAUAAUAUAAUUUAUUUAUGUAUAUUAUAUAAAUAUUUAUAUAUUUGUGAAUUAAAAUUUGAUGUUAGGUAGUAAAUAGUAGUUACAAAUUGAGAGAUAAUUUUCAAAUUAUCAAUGAAUACUAAAUAUGAGCGUCAUGUAUUUUAAAACAAAUGUGGCAGGGGCGAGCUUACUAUCAUCUCUCUCAGAUUAAUUAGAAUUAUUAGCAUUAUUAAUAAUAAUUAAUGGCAUACAUGAAUACACUCCUAAUUAAUAAAUAAUUUUGAACUCCAGAGUUGUAAACUGCUAGGCCACAAAACUAUCGUAAAAUAAUACUUGUGAUUAAAAUAUUCAAUAAAUAAAUAUACUUUUAUACCUAUGUAUAUAAAUAAUUUCCAUAAUUUGUUACAACAAUUCUGAAUACGUUGUAUAUAAUUUUUUCACUACACAUCAGCCAUUUAUCACAUUUUUUCCAGUAAUCAUUCAUAAAGGUAUAAUAUCCAUUCAUAUCUACAAGAACACUUACACUAUAUAAUCUGACUACAAACAGCAAUAUUUAUACCAUUGAGGUAUCAGAUACCUACGAAUCAUAGAGUAGAUACAAAGAGGAGGCCGCUUAAACAAAUAGGGAUAGUCAUUGCAUGAGACUAGUUAAGAUUCUUUAAUCGACGAAAAUUUAAUUGAAACUUAAUAAUUUAGAUUAUUUUCCAGAGUAAUUAUAAUACAUGAAGUUUUGUUCACAUCCAACAAUGAUUUGCUAAUGUAAUUUUAUCAAUAUUAUUGCCAUUUUAUUUCGAUCAUGCCUUUUAGAAGCGAAUUUAAUGCUUUAAUCGUUUCAACUAUGUCAUGUUAUAUAUGUAUUAUUCAUUAUAGUACAAUUACUUGCUAUCUCUUUGUAUUAACUCUAUGCCACUAUCGUACUAAAGAAGAUACCUACUGAAUAUCUACUCAAACAACUUGCACCAUGUAGAAAAUAAAAAUAAUUCCGUUUUGCAUUAAUUUACAUUUCUUGCAUCUAUCUUAAUACAAAUCAAGUAUUUCGUUUACUGAACUUAUUUUAUGUAUCCGUGACUACAUAAAAUGUGGUGAUAUAGCCGCAGUUGAUUGGGACAGCAAUGGCAUGCGCGAUAUCUUCUCUAGUACUUUAGUAUACCUUAAUAGACUAGUACAUCAUAUAAGAUAUCAACAUAUAAUUAUAAUCUAUAUAUUAUCUCAUUUAAAAAUUGUGCACCUGGUUCCAUUUCCUUUAAUAAUAGGCAAGUAACAGGGUAUAUGCCAACUAUUUUAUACUAUACUUAUAUACAAUUAAAACAGAAAUUCUUUCCCGUAGUGAGGUAGACGCAGCAUAGUAAAAUUACAUCAUCCACGUCAUCUUCCUGCUCUUGUCUCAUUUAUAA